AUGGUCUCCAAGAAGCUGCGUCGCAGAGUGAAGGGCGAGGCCCAGAAACUUCGGCGUUUUUGCGCCGAGCAUGAAGUUGGUCAGGCUUGGAUGCGCUAUAAGGCGGAAGUUGAUGCGAUCUCGAUGGCCAGAAACCUCGCGAGAUUGGACUUGGGCAACGACACCAAGGCCAUCGAGGAGACGGGAGCCGAGCAGUCAUCUCUGCCUUCAUCAAGGCCCAAGAACAAGACGCAGCGACAAGCUACUCGUCGCAGGAUUCAUUACAAGGAGGACACAGACGGCGACAUCUCUAGCGAUGAAGGCGAGGACGAUGACGAUGACGAAGACGACGAUCAGAGUACAGUCACGGAGGCCAUUACCGACGAUGGCAUGACGCGUGAGCAAGACGACGACGAUAACCAAGUCUUGUUUAUGGAGGUUAGUGAUGACGAGGAUGGCGACGAUGAUGAGGAGUACGAGGACGAUGAGAUGCUAGAUGCGAGCUCGGUGGACUCCUUUAUGGAGGAGGACGAGGCGGAAGUAGAGGAUAUUACGGCUUCGGAGAAAGUCUUCUUUGAUAUUGACGAAGGCUUUGCGGCUCAGAAGCGUAAGGGCGAGGAGCAGAGAGCGGCCAGGAACGAGGACAAGAAAGCGAGGCGUGCAAAGAAGAGAAAGCUGGCACAAGAAGUCUGCUCGCCGCCUGGCAGCGAUACCAUGACUGAUGACGGCAAUAGUUUGUCAAGUCUUGCGGCAGGGGAAGAUUAUACGGCAGAGGAACUGGACGACGCUCAGAAUCAGCUGAACAACCAAAAGAGCUACGCCCUGAUGCCGACGAGGACAAGAAAGUAA